AUGGAGGAGCAAUCACAGACAGAUGAAAAGCUAGAGAGGCAGAAGCAAAUUGAUGAUUGGCUUCCAAUUACUUCCUCAAGGAAUGCAACCUGGUGGCACUCAGCUUUCCAUAAUGUUAACUCCAUGGUUGGAGUUGGUGUCCUAAGUCUUCCUUAUGCCAUGUCGAAUCUAGGAUGGGGUCCUGGCGUAGUUAUUCUAGUACUAUCAUGGGUGAUCACUUUAUUCACAUUAUGGCAAAUGGUUGAGAUGCAUGAAAUGGUACCUGGGAAGCGAUUCGAUAGGUAUCAUGAACUGGGUCAGCAUGCCUUUGGUGAAAAGCUUGGUCUUUGGAUUGUGGUGCCCCAACAGCUAGUUUGCGAAGUUGGUGUGAACAUCGUGUAUAUGGUGUCAGGAGGAAAAACACUGCAGAAGGUGCAUAGCAUAGUUCGGAAAGGCAAGAACCCGAUCAAACUCACCUACUUCAUCAUGAUCUAUGCCUCGGCUCAGUUUGUACUCGCACAUCUCCCCAGCUUUGGCUCCAUUACUGGCGUGUCCUUAACUGCAGCAGUCAUGUGCUUAAGUUACUCUACUAUUGCAUGGACAUCUUCCGUACAUAAGGGUGUUCAGGCAGAUGUAGAAUACGGAUACAAAGCUCAUACUGCAUCGGGGACAGCUUUCAACUUCUUCACUGCCUUGGGAGACGUCGCGUUCGCCUAUGCAGGCCAUAAUGUGGUUUUGGAGAUCCAAGCAACACUCCCUUCUUCACCUGACAAGCCAUCCAAGAAGCUUAUGUGGAGAGGGGUGAUCAUUGCCUAUACAGUCGUCGCUUUGUGCUAUUUCCCGGUGGCCCUCAUCGGAUAUUAUACUUUUGGCAAUAAAGUCGAGGACAACAUCCUGAUCUCCUUGGAGAAGCCUGCAUGGCUCAUCAUAACAGCCAACAUGUUUGUGGUUAUUCAUAUUAUUGGAGGUUAUCAGCUAUUUGCAAUGCCAGUAUUCGACAUGAUAGAAACUGUCCUGGUAAAGAAACUGCAUUUUAGGCCUACACAAACUCUACGCUUCAUUACGAGGAAUGUAUACGUUGCAUUCACAAUGUUCGUGGGCAUUAGUUUCCCCUUCUUUGGUGGACUUCUGGGAUUUUUUGGAGGAUUUGCUUUCUCGCCAACAACCUACUUCCUCCCUUGCGUAAUCUGGCUAGCCAUAAAGAAACCACGGAAGUUUAGCUUAUCUUGGUUCAUUAACUGGAUUUGCAUUACACUGGGUGUCCUGCUCAUGCUCCUAUCACCUAUAGGAGGGUUAAGGCAUAUAAUACUUCAAGCGAAGGACUACGAUUUCUACAAUUAA